AUGACCUGGAAUGGCAGCACCAAACGCAAGCGCGAGCUCGACGACUACGGUGACCCAGUGAUUCCUCCUUCGGCUGGAGAAAGCAGAUUUGGCGUCGGACAAACAUUGUCACUUCUACAAGACUCUCCCGAGUCGCCGACGACCACGGUAGAACCGUCGGCUUCUGAUGGCGACCUCCACAGCGCCGCCAGGUUGAGUGCGGACGGCAGCAAACAAGUCGCAAAGAAGAAGCGGAGGGGCGAUGACGGACAAAAGGUUAAAUAUCCGACCUUGACCUAUGUCGAAGGGAGAUUACAAUCUUCGAUUCGAAUUGCCGAUCUACAGGGGUUAUUGCUAUAUUGUUUUGGGGAUGGCGUUGCGCCGCAAUGGAUAUCUAUGAGGCAUUCAGGUCAUGUGAAGAAGAUUGCAGUUGUAAUGGUCCCGGGACUUGAGAUUGGCAUGUUUGAUGGCUCGAUACCACUGGACACGCAUCCUGGUCAGGACGACAAGGACGAAGAGAACGCCGACAAGCAAGAACAAGAGAAAGUGGUAAACGAUGACUUUGAGCGAUGGAAGAAAGGCCUUCCUCUCGCUGACAAGUCUCAUCGGUUCAAUCCUCGUGCUCUUUCUCGAGAGUCACUACCGGAACCUCUCCACGAACUCGCUGAUAUGUUUCCUCACAUCUGGCCGGUCAAAGCACCAGGAGACAGCAAAUACAACAAAAUACACUCGCCUCUGCAAGCUAUACUGCUCUCUCAGCUGCCAAAGACUCAGGGAGAACCCAAGAAAGGACCCCGGCCACCUCGUGUGGACAAAAGCUUUAUCCCCAAGCGGACCCCGAUUACUACAUUUGUCAGUACCAAAGGAGACCUGAGGGAAAAUGACUAUGUAUUACACCCAGCCUUCGAUGCACCCGAGGAAACUUCAGCAGAGGAAGACAUUCGCCAUAGCAUGGGCGCUUCUGUAGCUAGUGGCUGGGUACAUUCGAAGGUGGAUUCUAUUGCUGAUGGCGAGCCGCCCGAGUUGGAUAUCCAAGACGGAAGCAUGACCGCCGGACGAGAAGUGCUAGGCUUGGACUGUGAAAUGUGCAUCACAGAAGGUGGGAAAUCAGAGCUGACUCGAAUCAGUUUGGUCAAGUGGGAUGGCAAGGUUAUUUUGGAUAAGCUCGUCAAACCAGACUUGCCAAUCAUUAACUAUUUGACGCAAUAUUCUGGUAUCACCGAGGAAAUGCUCGACCCAGUAACAACUACUCUUGCAGACAUCCAAAGAGAACUCCUUGAAAUCCUCACCCCUCGCACUAUCCUUGUCGGACAUUCGCUCAAUUCCGAUCUCAACGCACUCAAGCUCACACAUCCCUUCAUUGUUGAUACAGCAAUCAUAUACCCCCACCCUCGUGGACCUCCUUUGAAGAGUUCCCUCAAAUGGCUUUGCCAAAAAUACCUCGGCAAAGAAAUCCAAAAAGGACAAGCAGGUCAUGACUCCAUUGAGGACGCCCGGUCCGUUCUUGAACUCGUGAAGCAAAAGUGUGAAAAAGGCGAGCGUUGGGGAACUUCUGACGCCAACACUGAAAGCAUCUUUCGCAGACUUGGAAGAUCUGUCAAGACUGACAAAGCCGAUGGCCGUACUGGCGCAAUUAUUGACUGGGGUAGCCCCGAGAGAGGAUUCGGGUCUCAGGCAACCGUCUCUAUUGGGUGUGAUACAGAUGACCAAGUUGUUGACGGUGUCAAGCUCGCCCUCCGUGGCGACGAUUCUGAUAACAAGGUUCCUUCUGGGGGAGUGGAUUUUGCUUGGGCGCGUCUGAGAGAACUUGAAGUUGUCAGGGGUUGGUGUAAUCGCCGCCCAGAUCCCAACAAUGCCAACGCAUCGGCGACUGUCGUUCCUCCACCAGAGGAUACCACUCCAACGACCUCUGCUACGACCUUAUCAUCCAUCCCUUCACUAGCAUCUACAGUUUCAAAUACCGUCCAUAGCAUCAAGAGAAUCUACGAUUCUCUCCCGUCAUGUACGCUGUUUGUUGUUUACUCCGGCACCGGCGACCCACGAGAAGUUUCCCGGUUACAUGCUAUGCUCAAGCUUCACCGGGAAGAAUUUAACAAUUCUAGGAAGAAAUGGAAUGAAUUAAGUGUAAAAUGGACGGAUACGGAAGAGCAAAUGCUGAAAAGGGCGUGCGAACGAGCUAGAGAAGGAUGCGGGUUUAUGUGUAUCAAAUGA